CAUUCUUCGCGGCCAGUCAACCAAGUUCAGUUCGUCUUUGUUGCUCGCGUCGUGUGGUUCUGUUUCACCAGCAAUCGCUUACCGCCGCUGCAGAUUUGCCAAACGCAUUCGUUACACAUUCCGCUAGUUUUAUUUUAUUUUUGUUACUUACAUCGCUGCUUCUUCAAGUUACUUAUUGUACGUAUUUUUUGUUUUUGUCUUAAUGUUGUCUGUUGGGUUGGCUGAGCUAUUUUUUCUCACCCGCUUGCGGCCAGUGAACCUCGUCAUCGCAUAGCGCAACAGUUGUAUUGAAAUUUUUCUUGCGUGCAAAUUCUACAAUUACAAUAAAAACAAAGCAACACUAAAAAGAAAAAAAAAACAAGGAACAACAACCAAACAGUGUAUUAUUCAAGUAAAACCAAUUCCACCAAACAAAAGAGACUCAUCGCCGCCCCCUGCUCGCAAGUAGUGGGGCAGUAGCUUGCGCUUCGGUGCUGGUAUCCUACAGCAACAACAAAAGCAAAGUGCAGAAAAAAUUCGCAAAAACCGGCUGUGGCAAUUUUACCUUCUUUGCCUUAACGUGAAAUACAACAAAAACUAAACAAAGGCCAACUGUAAAAAUAUUUAAAGUAACCCAGUAAUUGCAAAACAAAAAAUUAAAUACAAAUUAAAUGUGAAACGCAAACUGAAAAAUAUAAAAAACAACAGCAAAAAAAAUCUUGACCAAACUCAUUUGAGUAGCAAAAACAAAAUGGAGAACGGCAUCCAGGUGGUGCCGCAAACACCGUUACUCGUCAGCGAUUACCUAACACUCAGCGCACCACCCACAUAUUCACGUCUGCCACCCGACGGCCAUGAGUUUCCGCCCAAUUUCAGCGAACCACUUAUAAUGCCCCCGCCCAGCACAAAUCUCUUGAAGACAGCAAGCCUCAUGCAGUCCACCACCACCACCAUGACGAUGUCCAGCACAAAGGGCAACAACAACAACACAAACACUGUUUACACAGAAAAACUGUACACAGCAGCCAGCGCCAAUGGCGGCCAAACAAUGGUCGCUAGCACACGCACCACGCACACACACAUUAGCAAUGCCGCUAACAACACAACAGCCACAAGUAUAGGUACCGCAGCGGCGACGACGACGACGCCAAUGACGUCGUCAACACCAACGGGCACGUUGAAAGUUGGUAGCAGUAAAGUAGAGCAGCCCACACUGGAAAUUACCACCACCAGCAGCGGCACUAAAUUAACCGAAAGCACAGACGCCACUUUACCACCACCGUUACCCAAAUCCGUCCCUCCCCCAACUGUACCACGUAAAGUGUAUCGGCAGGAUCUUGUGGUGAAAGUGGAGGAUGCGCGUCACGCGUCUGAUAAACGCACCGAUGUGCUCGCCGAUGCCACCACACCCUCGGGCGCUGGUAGCGCUAAAUUGGUAUUCGAGUCACGUCACAGUCGUUCGACACAAAAUCUUUCGUCGAGUGGCAGUAGUACACCAACAGCCAACAAAUUGGAGCCACCCUCAUUUGAAUUGGGUGGCAGUGGCAAUAGCAGCGAUUAUAAGCGUUCGUUGAGCGCACCGCGUCGGCAUAGCGACUGGCGUAAGGAUGAGAAGUCGGAGAAAAGUGUGCGUGACAAAAUCGCUAUGUUUUCAAAUGACGCCGAAAGCAGUGGUGCUGAAACGCCAGUGAAGCCUUUGAGUUUCUCUCGCACACAAAACGCUACAAAGCCACUCAAUCUGAGCACUGAGAACUUACUUGAUACAGCAACAAGCGCGCGGUAUGCCACAACAGCCUCCAAUCUGACAAAGACGCGUGCAAUGAGUGUGGAGAAUCUCAAUGAUGUUGCCCGUCAGGUGCAAUUGGCCAAACAGCUACCAACGCAAACAUUUUCGGAUUCAAUGUAUGCACUAAAUACGCUCGCUACCGACUACACACAGAGCUAUGCAUCGUUGCCGCGCCGCCACAUGCAGCACUUGGAGCGACGCAUUAGCUUUUCGGGUCAGCCAACCUACAUGCCGGACGAGGCUUCGCGUAAAGCCGCCAUAACGAACAUACUGGAACAGCGACGCCGCAGCAUGUCCAAAUUGCGUGGUCUGGUCAUACCAGAACGUCCCCACGUACCGCUUGAGCCCAUACUUGAUCUACCGGAAAUCAAAAGUCGUGAUAGUGAGAAACUAAAGUCAGGCAACACGUCGUCCACAGACUCAACAGAUAGUGGCGUCGGUUCGAGUAGUGGAUACUUCUCAACAGUGCCACGGCCCGCCAAGCGCACUGAAAUAAUGCACAACUCACCGCUGCGUCCACUUACUGUGGCCACAACAAGCAACACGGCCAACAUUGCUGCCAACAAUGGCUAUCGUAGCAUUUUUUCUGCACAAACUGCUGCACCACGUCACGCUACAAUGGUACAAUCACCACUGGCCAUGCCACACCAGCCACGCCGUUUGGAGCCGGCGUUAAAUAGCAUACCGCCUGCCAAACCGCCACGCACCUCGCUCAGUGUGCCACCGCGUCAGCACGCCAUGCACGAAGAGAGCGACUCAGAUUCUGUAUUCUCUUCGAAGGUCUCCUCACCACCCAUGUCGCCCUGUGUGCCACAGGUUCCUGAAAAAUUCGCGCUCACACGCACACUCUCCUCAGAGACUAACACAUCUAUUGCCAGCUCCACGACUUCUACGCUCACGUCUGGCUCGGGUUCGCAGGCAAGCUGCUCUUCGGUGGGCAGCACACCAACAGUUGAUCUAUCGCGACGUGUGCUCAAAUCGGGUUCCAGUGACUCGGCAACGAAUCGCAAGAAUAUACUGGCCUCAGCUAAGUGUCGCAAUGGACGUGGUGAUGCUUCGGCAUUGCUACGCAAUCGUCCAUACGACGAUGAAGACAGCACUGACGGUUAUGAUGAAGAUGAAGUGCGACGAGUACACAAAUCCAAACCGCGUUCCACAUCGGGUGCCUCGUUGGUAAUAAUGCCCAAUAAAGCAGUGCCAGCCUCAGCGCCAAUUAACUACAAACUCGUAUCCAAGAACGAGCAAAGCCUCGUAGAUAAGGUUAUAAAUGUAGCAGCCUAUGUUGAGGUUACCUCUGAUACGGACGACAGCAGCCGCAAGUCAGACAGUACCUCGCCAUCGAAACUCAGUGCCAUGUUCAUCGAUGAAGAACGCAAAGCUAGCUUCAAGGCCGAUCCCAGUCAAAAGGCCAGCACACCAGCGAAAGCGGCAAUCAAACCGAAACCAGUUGCUAUCUUGCCAGCGGUCAGUGCUGUACCGGUGCAGCCCAUCGCACCACGCAAAGUCAUUGAAGUAUCGACACCCAAGAAGGCGCAACCCGAAACCAACAAUGAGUUGACACAGUGGAUGAAAGUCGAAGUCGCAAAGAAAGCCACACAGAUGCCGGGAAGGAAUAUUCCAGAACGCAAACCGCUAAAGCCGGUGCUAGAGAAAUAUGAAUCCUCAGUGGUGAGCACAAAAACAUACGGCAGCAAAACGUCCUCAGCAACGAAGAUCACCACCGCCGAAAUACGCGAGAAGUUCGAGCGCACAGCAGCGGCAGAGAGAGCUGCCGCUGCAGCAGCAAAUGCUGCCUCAAGCGUAUCGCCAGCUGUCUCAACGAAUAGUCUGCUUGCUGCCAAGGCAAUCGGAGUCAAGGGUGCUAACUAUCAUGAGCGUUUCCCUUCGCUCGAUUCCAUAGCCUCGUCAUCGUCGGGUGUUAGCUCGAGCACACAAAAUGUGUCCACUCAGGAGAAUACUAACGAAUUCGGCAGCUUCUCGUCGCUUGGCAGCAAUCAGAGCCUGAUUACUGCGCAAGAUAUACAACAAAUCAUCGAGGAGGCUGAGCCGCCUCUCAAAACACCGGAGGCUUUCAUUGUGGUGCUACAACGUGAUACGCCCGAAAGUAGUAUUGGCGUCACGCUAGCCGGUGGCUCCGACUAUGAAGCCAAGGAAAUAACGAUACAUAAAAUCUUAAAUAAUACCCCAGCGGCGAAGGAUGGACGCUUAAAAAAGGGUGACCGCAUUUUGGCUGUUAAUGGUAUGAGCAUGCGUGGCCUGACGCAUCGCGAGUCCAUCACCGUAUUGAAGACACCGCGUCCCGAAGUAGUGCUCGUCGUAACACGGUCCGAGUCCGUCAUCGUGAAACCGCUCACCAAGAAACGCUCCUCUCUCGGCUCGCUCACUUCCUUGAAUGAGAAACCCACUGAAGUGGAUUAUGAGAAAAAGCGUAACUAUCACAAAGCUUCACGUUCACUUGACUUGGACUUGGAUAUUGUUUCCGCAAGCGAAGAUGCUAGUGCAUCGAAGACACCGAGUACGGUUUCGAGUGCAAGUCCUACGCCGACGAUGGCCGAUACUACUGCAGCGACGCUGGCCAGCAUACGGACACGUCGCCAGCAAUCACGAGCCGAUGCGAGCAAACUGAGCACCAGCGAACUGCUGGAACGUGCCGCCGAGACGCGUAAUGCCAUUGCGGCGGAAAUACGUGCGCAAGAAGACGCCGCUGUUGGUUCACGCACAGUGGAAAUCGUCAAGGAUAGCUGUGGACUGGGUUUCUCCAUUGAGGGCGGCUUCGAUUCGCCGUUAGGCAAUAAACCGCUGAUUGUGAAAAAAGUAUUCAUGGGUGGCGCUGCACACAAAACUGGCCAAGUGCGAAAUGGUGAUGAGAUACUGAGCAUAAAUGGAACAUCCACAGCGAAAAUGACACGCGUCGACGCCUGGAAUUAUAUGAAGCAGUUGCCCCUGGGACCAAUUAAGAUUGUCUUCACUUGAAGUCCAAGAAUAGUAGAAAGGAAAGGAUGAAAGAAGAAAAA